GACCAAAAUAUAAAACGAUGCAAUUGAGGAAGGGUUGUGUACGCGCCAAAAUUAUCUGUUUCGGAAAUUUUAUAGUGUGACCUGGCACGGCAAAGCUCUCCUGGUAAUCGCUCGAUUUAAAUAUAUCGCCAGCUGUUCGGUUAAAUUCCUCACUGAUAUAAAAAACUCAAAUUGCAAGCUUUGAAGAGCAAAACACUCUUGAAGAUAGUUGAGGUGACGAUGAGCAUAAGAUGGCCAAGAAUUUUAACCCCAACACAUCUCUCUCAAAUUAUAACAACCCAAAAGAACUCUUUAAUAGCUCUCCAAAUCUUCAAUCAAGCCCAACAAAAGUACCCCAACUACCGUCACAACGGUCCCAUUUACGCCACCAUGAUCAACAUUCUUGGGAACUCCGGUAGACUCUCCGAGAUGAAGCAAGUGAUUGAUCAAAUGAAAGACGAUUCUUGUGAGUGCAAAGAUUCAGUUUUUGUUGGAGCUAUCAAAACUUUUGCAAGUGCUGGAAUGGUAAAUGAGGCUAUAAAUCUCUUUAACAGCAUUCCUCAAUUCAAUUGUGUCAAUUUUACUGAAUCUUUUAAUACCAUUUUGGGAAUAAUGGUGAAAGAGUCUAAUUAUAAAGCUGCUCAUCAACUUUUUUUGGAGAAUUCAUGGAGGUUGGAAGUGAAAUCUAGGGUGAAAUCUUUGAAUCUGUUGAUGGAAGCACUUUGUCAUUUUAAAAAAUCUGAUCUUGCAUUGAAUAUUUUUCAAGAAAUGUAUUUUCAAGGUUGUUAUCCGGAUAGGGAAAGUUAUAGGAUUUUGAUGAAGGGUUUAUGUGAUGAUGGGCGGUUAAAUGAAGCUAUCCAUUUGCUAUAUUCAAUGUUUUGGAGGAUUUCACAAAAGGGUAGUGGUGAAGAUAUUGUGAUUUAUAGGAUUUUAUUGGAUGCUUUAUGUGAUAAUGGGAAGGUUGAAGAAGCUCUGGAAAUUGUUGGGAAGGUUUUGAGGAAGGGUUUAAAGGCUCCUAAAAGCCGAAGACAGCGACUUGAUUUAAGUAAAUGUAGGGAUGGGGAAGAUUCAGAAGCUACUAAACGCUUGAUUAAUGAAGCUUUAAUAAGAGGUGGAAUUCCUAGCAUGGGUAGUUAUAGUGCAAUGGCUAUUGAUCUCUAUAAUGAAGGUAGAGUUGACGAGGCUGAGAAACUGCUUGAUGAAAUGCGUAAGAAAGGGUUUUGGCCUUCAUUAUUGAUGUAUGAGGCAAAGGCACAAGCUUUGAGUAAGAAAGGGAGAGUUAGUGAAGUAGUGAAAGUAAUUGAAGAGGAUAUGGAGGAGGGAACUUGUGUUCCAAGUGUCAGGUUGUAUAAUAUUGUGUUGAAAUGUCUUUGUGAUGCAGGGGAUUCGGAACUGGCUGUUGGGUAUUUGAAGAAGAUGGCCAAGCAGGUUGGUUGUGUAGCUGACAAGGAAACUUAUAGCAUUUUAGUUAACGGCUUGUGCAAAGACGGUAAAUUUGUUGAAGCAAGUCGGGUGUUGGAGGAGAUGCUGAUUAAAUCACAUUGGCCUGGUGCUGGAACUUAUACUCUACUUGUAAGGGGCCUUUGCCCAAUAGGUAGGCAAUAUGAAGCUGUUAUGUGGUUGGAAGAGAUGGUUAGUCAGGGCAUGUUGCCAGACCUUUCUAUAUGGAACUCGUUGGUUGCAUCUGUGUGUUGUAAAAUGGGUGAAAUGGAUGUUUGCCUUGAGGACAUUGUAACCCAGUAAUUAUAAAUUUUUGUUCUUUCUUUCUAAGUUCAAAUAAUAUAGAACAAUGAAUAUUGGGCAAAAGUUCAGCAACAACUUGGCUUUCAUGCUAUCUUUUGUACUUUUAAAUUGACCAAGGUUCCUCUGCUUUACUCAUGUGCGAUGCACUUGUCAGGAAUUUGUGUCUGUCUCUUUUCUCUCUGAUCAACGAGUGCCCUUUCAUUUCUAACAGCAAUGCAUCUUUUUGCUAAGAACGAACCAAUUGUGUGAUAUCAAACGAAGAUGACUUAUUUGCAUCUAAUUUUUAUUAUAAUAACUGUAAUUCGUUCAAUUGAAAGCUGUACAAACGCGCCUGAUUUCUCCUCGGGACCUUGUUUUGACACCAGAUACUAUCGAUUCAACAAAAUCUACUUCGAAAGAUGUUCAAAAUAUUGGAUUGAGCAAUCCAAAAUAGGACAAUCCUAGUCGUUUCAUCUUUAUAUAGCCUGGAAUCAGA